AUGUCCGAAACGACGUUGGGAGAGGAGAGCCACGACUCUGCAUGGAGCCUCACAUCGAAAGUCAAGGAACUCAAUCAACAACUAUUGGAUUCAGGUCUGAAGAGACGUGAGCUGGGAUUACAAUGGGACAGCCUCACCGUGCAGGCUCCGAGUGUGGACGCCGCCGUGAAAGACAAUUCUCUGUCGCAGUUCAAUCUUCUCGGCCAAAUUCGAAAUGCACGCCGAAAACCACCCAUCAAAACUAUCAUCAAUAACAGUCACGGCUGCGUCAAGCCGGGAGAGAUGCUUCUCGUACUGGGCCGACCCGGGGCUGGAUGCACCUCUCUCUUGAAGAUUCUCACCAACCGUCGACUCGGAUACUCCAUUGAGGGCAACGUGAACUUUGGCUCAAUGAAUCACGAAGAAGCCGCACAGUAUCGGGGCCAGAUUGUAAUGAACACCGAGGAAGAAAUCUUUUUCCCAACAUUGACAGUCGGCGACACUAUCGAUUUUGCGACCCGAUUGAAGUCGUCAGUCCGCCCACCACAGGGCUUUGAGAACGUGGAAGAGUACCGCCAAUCUUUGAAGGCUUUCCUUCUCGAGUCUAUGAGUAUUUCCCAUACGGACAAUACUAAGGUUGGCAACGAGUACGUCCGCGGCGUUUCAGGAGGAGAGCGGAAACGAGUUUCUAUCAUUGAAUGCCUUGCAACUCGUGGCUCUAUCUUCUCUUGGGACAAUAGUACACGUGGUUUGGAUGCGAGUACAGCUCUAGAUUGGGCCAAAGCUUUACGUUGUAUGACGGACGAGUUCGGCUUAACGACAGUUGUCACCUUGUACCAAGCGGGCAAUGGGAUCUACGACCUUUUCGACAAAGUCCUCGUGUUAGAUGAAGGUGAGCAGGUCUACUUUGGACCAAUGGAAUCAGCCCGAACUUUCAUGGAGGAUCUCGGUUUUAUCUGCCGAGAUGGUUCGAAUGUGGCAGAUUUCUUAACAGGAAUUACGAUGCCCGUAGAGCGAGAGAUUCGACCAGGGUAUGAAGAGAAGUUUCCUCGAAAUGCCAAGUGCAUUCGCUCACACUAUGAAAAUUCUCCUAUCUACUCCAAAGCCGUCAAGGAGUACGACUAUCCUUCCACCUCUCUCGCCAAGGAACGCACGGAAGCGUUCAAGCAGGCUGUUUCAGAAGACCAGCAUCAAUCCCUCCCAAACUCCAGUCCUCUGACCACCCAUUUCGCUCAUCAGAUCAAGGCAUGUAUCAUUCGUCAGUAUCAAAUCAUUCAAGGAGAUAAAGCGACCUUCCUAAUCAAACAAAUCUCUACUUUGGUUCAAGCCUUGGUUGCGGGCUCUUUGUUUUACAAUGCAUCUCCAGACUCCCCUGGCCUAUUCCUUAAGUCUGGGGCCUGUUUCUUUGCUGUGCUAUACAAUGGCAUUUUGAUGCCCAUGUCCGAAGUGACGGAUUCCUUCACUGGCCGCCCUGUCUUGAUCAAGCAUAAACACUUUGCCUUCUUUCAUCCAGCCGCCGUUUGUAUCGCUCAAAUUGUUAUCGAUAUUCCGACUAUCCUGCUUCAAAUCAGCCAUUUCACACUUGUUCUAUACUUUAUGGUCGGCCUUCGGACCUCGGCGUCCGCAUUCUUCACUCACUGGAUCAUUUUGUUCGCGUCGACCAUGGCUUUGACCGCCAUGUUUCGAUCAAUCGGUGCCGCAUUCCGGUCCUUCGAUAGUGCCUCUAAGAUCUCUGGAUUCUUGACUACGGCACUCGUGGUUUACACCGGCUACCUGAUUCAGAAGCCUAAUAUGCAUCCUUGGUUAGGCUGGAUUUUCUGGAUCAAUCCUAUGGCCUACGCAUUUGAAGCCAUUCUUGCCAAUGAAUUUAAGAAUUCAAACAUCGACUGCUCCAGCUCUAACCUGAUUCCCUCUGGGCCUGGCUAUUUGGACUCAACCCAUCAAUCUUGUGCCGGCGUUGGGGGUGCUGUUGAGGGGCAAACCUUCGUGACAGGCGAUAGUUACCUCGGUUCAUUGAGUUACUCGGUUUCUCAUAUUUGGCGGAACUUUGGUAUUCUCUGGGCGUGGUGGAUAUUAUUUGUUACUGCCACAAUUGUUUUGACCACUCUCUGGAAAGACUCUGCUGAAAGUGGCUCAUCGCUUUUGAUUCCGUAUGAAAGGAGAAAACACUUCGUCGGCCGGGCGGAUGAGGAAGCGCAGUCCAAGCAACACCAACAAGAGCCCUCAAGCGCAGAGCAUAGAAAAGCCAACACGGAGAAAAUCAGCGAUGAGGGCGAUAGUGGGCUGGCACGUAACACAUCGGUUUUUACCUGGAAGAACCUGACUUAUACGGUGGAAACCCCUACUGGAAACCGAGUUCUAUUGGACAACAUUCAAGGUUGGGUUAAACCAGGAAUGCUUGGUGCAUUGAUGGGGUCAUCUGGUGCAGGAAAGACAACACUUCUCGAUGUUCUUGCUCAGCGCAAGACAGACGGUACCAUUCAAGGCUCAAUCUUGGUAGAUGGCCGGCCUCUUCCAGUGGCAUUUCAACGCUCUGCUGGUUAUUGCGAACAACUCGACGUUCAUGAGCCAUAUGCUACUGUGCGAGAAGCAUUUGAAUUUUCUGCACUCCUCCGCCAGCCAUCGCAUAUUCCAAGGAGUGAGAAGCUUGCUUAUGUGAAUACAAUUAUCGACCUCCUCGAACUCCAUGAUCUAGCUGAUACCUUGAUUGGUUCUGUUGGUAAUGGCCUCAGUGUGGAACAACGCAAACGUGUGACGAUCGGAGUAGAAUUGGUUUCGAAGCCCACUAUCCUUAUCUUCCUUGACGAGCCGACCUCUGGCUUGGAUGGACAAUCGGCCUUCAACACCGUCAGAUUCCUCCGGAAGUUAGCAGAUAUUGGCCAAGCAAUCUUGGUCACUAUUCAUCAGCCAUCUGCACAACUGUUCUCUCAAUUUGAUACCCUCCUUCUACUGGCCAAAGGAGGAAAGACCGUCUAUUUUGGUGAUAUUGGCGAAAAUGGUGAUACAAUUAAGAGCUAUUUUGGACGAUAUGGUGCUGUCUGCCCUCCUAGGGUGAAUCCUGCCGAACAUAUGAUUGACGUUGUUUCUGGGAAUGUCCAUCCUCGUCAAGAAUGGCAUAAGAUCUGGCUCAAGUCCCCAGAGCAUGAGCGCACGGUGAAGGAGCUCGAUCAUAUUCUCGAAGAAGCGAAUGCAAAGCCACCAGUGAUGCAAAUUGACGACAAUGAAUUCGCCACCUCUCUAUGGGAGCAAAUCAAGAUUGUCACUCAUCGGAUGAACGUGUCUCUCUUUCGGAACACAGAAUACAUCAACAAUAAGCUGAUCCUCCACAUUAUCUCUGCACUAUUCAACGGAUUUUCCUUCUGGAUGAUUGGCGAUAGCUUUGGAUCUUUACAAAUGCGCCUCUUCACCAUUUUCAACUUCAUAUUCGUUGCCCCAGGUGUGGUCAACCAGCUUCAACCCUUGUUUAUUGAGAGGCGUGACAUAUAUGACACCCGGGAGAAGAAGUCCAGGAUGUAUUCGUGGAAAGCAUUCGUGACAGGACUGAUUUUGUCCGAAUUACCCUAUCUAUGUGUUUGUGCCGUUCUGUACUUCGUGUGCUGGUAUUACACGGUCGGCUUCCCGAGUGAUUCCAACAAAGCUGGCGCUAGCUUCUUCCUAGUUCUGCUCUACGAGUUCAUUUACACCGGCCUAGGCCAAAUGAUUGCUGCCUUCGCACCGAAUCCAACGUUUGCCGCGCUUGCAAACCCUGUGAUCCUCGGAACUAUUGUUGCCUUCUGCGGUAUGCUAGUGCCAUAUUCCGAGAUCACUCCAUUCUGGAGGUAUUGGUUGUACUAUCUCAACCCUUUCACGUAUGUGACUGGGGGAUUGUUGACAUUCAACAUCUUUAGCGCGGACGUGAGAUGUACCAAGGAUGAAUUCGCUGUUUUUAGCCCACCGAGCGGACAAACCUGUUCUCAAUACCUGGCUGAAUACAUGGAAGGAAUCGGCUCUCGAACGAAUCUUGUUAAUCCAAAUGCAACGGCUGAUUGUCGUGUGUGCCCAUACCGGAGUGGAAACGAUUACCUCUACACACUCAACCUUAAGCACGUCGAUGGAUGGCGCAACAUUGGCAUCACUUUCAUCUUUAUUCUCAGUUCUUACGCUACGGUCUUCUUGAUGAUGAAGCUUCGAACCAAGGCUUCGAAGAAGGCAGAGUGA